CGAACAUUCACACACGGGAACAGGAAACAAGAGCGAGGCAGAUGAAACAGAAGCAACGCGUCCAGGCGGCGGCUUGUGCCUGUACGAGUCUGGCUCUCGGCUGUUGACGGAGGAAAAACCUUGGGCACAAAAUCAGGCAGGAGACAACAAGUACGCUGAGGGGCUUCAUGGCUGCAACCAACCCAGAGAAGAAAACUGAGAUUGCCGGCUGACGUCAGGCCGACGCCGAGUUUAGCUCCGUGAUGUUCGGAUGUUGACUCGAGAGGCCACGCCGGAGCAUGGGGCUCGUGUCGGUGCAGCACGAGUUUGAGUACACAGCGAAGGACGGCCGCCGCGUGUCCAUCAAGCCCAACGAAAGCUUCAUCCUGGUGUCGAAGACCAACGACCACUGGUGGCGCGUCCGCAGGGACCGGCACGCCAGGCCCUUUUACGUCCCCGCGCAGUAUGUGAAGGAGCAGACCGGCCACUCUCCCGACACCGAGCACUCACCUGAGCGCGUGACCGACAGCGAGCCAGCACCGCGUGAAGCAGCGUCAAGAGAUGCCUCAAAGGAAACACACCGCUUCUCCAAUUUUGGUUUCUGUGAGAACACACCGGACGUGAAGCCCGGUGAGGCUCCUGGCGAGGGACAGACCGGCGGGGGCUGUCGCGCAGAGGCGCACAAUUCGGCGGGACGCUUCUCAUCCAACUCAGGCACUCUGAAAACCGACGGCCUGCAGCUGUACGCAGAACCUCACCCCGGGCCAGAGGUCGGAGACGAGCAGCGGCGGGCAACAAUCUCACUGCGGGAAGAUAAAACAGAAGAGCCACAGGCGUUUGUGGACGAUGAGGACGUGACCUUCCCUUCACCCCCUAACUCACCCCUCCAACACGACACAGCGCCAAUGCUGAACUUCCCGGAAUGGGACUCAUUUCCCGAUCCGCCCAGUCCCGUCGCUUGCGACGACCCAUCGGCCUCGGAGCAGCAGCAGAGUUCGGAUCGAGCUGCCGGGGCGACUUCUUCUACUGAAGCGCUUCUCGUUGAGCAGGCGGGGAAUGAAAGUCUCCGGUCAGCCGUCUACGUCAACGUAGCGCAGCUUCGCCAAAGCAUCUCCGAGUCGCCCCCCUCGGCGCCCUCGUCCUGCUCUCCCUCCUACCUCGACCCGGAGGCGUGGGAGGUGCACACUGACCAGGAGAGCGGACAGGAGUACUACUACCACCCCGCCUCGGGGCACACCACCUGGGACCAUCCCUUUCUAGACUCCCCCACGGACCCCGGGCGUCUCCCCGCAGAGGAGCCCUGCUCGCCCUCGCCGCCUCAGUCGCCCGUCCUCCCUCCGUCCGCCUCCUCCCCGCCCGCGUGGACCUCGGACUGGGAGCAGCUGGUGGAUGAGUCCAGCGGUCGCCCCUACUUCCACAACCAAAUGUCUGGGGAGACGUCCUGGGAGCUUCCGGAGCAGCUGAGCCCGUAUCCCGCUCUGAUGGAGCCGAUGAGCGUGCACAGGUUCCACGAGGACGGGCCGCCUCCACUGCCUGAGGAGGACUACCCCUCGGAGGAUUACCCGGCUGCUGGUCUGCCAGAGGCCUACGAUGAGCUCUUUGCCACGGGACCUCCCACCCUCCAGAAGGAGUACACCCUCAGCCACUUGGCCCGGACCGUCAUCCCCAGGGCCAACCUGGACCGCAGUACCCCGACCGGUUGGAACCUCGCCGUGGACCCCAACGGGACCUGGGUGUUCACCAGUGAACACUGUCCAGAUCAGUGGAUCAAGUCUGUGGAUGAGCGAGGGCAGACCUACUACUACCUGAGAGACGGCUCAAGGUCUCAGUGGAACCUGCCCGAGGCCCCUGUUGCUCCUGGCCAGUCCAGGGUGGAGAACGGUGUCGAGGCGGACAACGUGUCAGUCAUUAAAAACUGGAGACACACCAUGGGACCUGCUCAGCUCAGCUCCGCCCAGGACGAUGGGCGGUCGGUCCCGACUCACAGGAGGAACACGUCGGACUACAGCAGCGACAGCUCCAGCACGGGGAACUCUCCGGAGACGCAGCACAACGUGCAGAACUUGGAGAAAGCGGGGAUUCUCAACAAAACAAAAGUGUGCGAAAACGGCAAGAAAGUAAGGAAAAACUGGGCCCAGACAUGGACGGUUCUCCACGGAGGAGUGCUGACGUUCCACAAAGACCCAAAGUCUGCGGCGACAGGAGCCUCGAACAAGACCAAUCAGAUUGUUCCGGAGGUCACGGUGGACCUGCGAGGGGCCGCCAUCGGCUGGGCCUCGAAGGACAAAUCCAGCAAAAAGAACGUUUUAGAGUUAAAAGGUAAGAACGGUGUGGAGUUUCUGAUACAGUACGAUACAGAAAGCAUCAUCAGCGACUGGUACAAAGUCUUAAUGGACACCAUACGACAACUGGAGUACCAGGACCAUCACUCAGAGGAGGAGGACGGGCAUUUGUACGAGAAGAUUCCCAACAUGGAGCAAGACGAAAGAGCGACCUUAGACAAACGGAGAUCCUCCAGGCCGAGUGUCACACACUCAUCCAGCUCUGCAGGAGACUCCGAUCAGAGGAGGGUUCGAACCAAGCUGAUGAAGUUCCUCUUGAAACGGCCAACGCUGCAGUCCGUCAAGGAGAAGGGCUACAUCCGAGACAGCGUGUUCGGUUGCCACCUGGCCACACUGUGUGCACAGGAGAGGACCACAGUCCCUGGGUUUGUGGAGAGAUGCGUCAAAGCAGUAGAAAGGAGAGGUUUAGACAUUGAUGGACUCUAUAGAGUGAGCGGGAACCUCGCUGUCAUCCAGAAACUACGCUUCAAGGCAGAUCAUGAGGAACUGGACCUCGAGGACGGCCAGUGGGAGGACGUGCACGUCAUCACCGGAGCGCUGAAGUUGUUUUUCCGAGAGCUUCCCGAGCCGCUGUUCCCGUACAGCCACUUUGAAAACUUCAUCGCCGCCAUCAGAAUUCCUGAUCACAAUGCAAAAGUGUCUUGCAUGCGUGACCUGGUCAAAUCACUUCCCCUUCCAAAUCAUGAUACCAUGGAAAUACUUUUUGGACAUUUAUGCAGGGUCAUUCAGUUCUGGGAGGACAAUCGCAUGACCGUGCAGAACGUUGCCAUUGUGUUCGGUCCGACGCUGCUCCGGCCGGAAAUGGAGGGGUCCAACAUCGCGAUGCACAUGGUGUUCCAGAACCAGAUAGUAGAGUUCAUUCUGAACGAAUAUGAGCGCAUCUUCCACUCCAGCUAAAGCAGUCGCAGGCCUCCAGCGCAGACCUGGACACGAAACUCUGUCUUUUGAAAUAAGUUAAAGGGCUCUUCAAGCUUUCCUUUGCUCAGAACAUUUGAAGUUUAACCACGUAAAAACUAGAUAAAGGGACCCUCAAAUAAGUCUUUGCGGAGAAUAUUUGAAGCAUGUUUAACCGCUGUUGUGUCCAGAUUUACUCCAUAGGAGGCUCACACACUGUUACAACUAUCUUUGACAGUAUUAUAGGAUUGGAAAUUGACCCGGUGUGGUCCGGAUUCCCGUCUCAGAGCUACUGAGCCGGUUUCGUGGAUAGAUGAAGGACUGUGUCCGAUUGCUCUCGCUCCCUGAGAGUGUAACUGUUUUAAUCUCACGCGUCACUUUCUGGAGAUUUUAAUUGUUUAUAUUUUAUUCUUUGGUUUAUUUUUGGAUCGUCUAAAUCGCAGCUACAAUAGAACGCAUGUCAAACCCGGGACAGAUGCAUCGAUUCUCUCUUUCUGUAAGAAAUGAUCACUGAUUGCUUCCAUCUUUAUUUUAGUUUAAUGACUUUAAAUAUUGUUUUGGAUUUAAAAUUAAAUUGUAUCACAUACUGCAAUAACUGAGAUUAUAUUCUAAUCCUGUAUUUUUUCAUUUUCAUUUCUCCCCAUGAAGUCUUUUAUUGUAAUAUAGAAAUGUAUAAAGAUGAAAUAUUAAUACCAAUAUCUUGCCGUUGAACUAAAUGGUGACUUAGAAUACUUGUGCAACCUAUAGGCUAUUUUCCACUGAACUGUAAUUGUUCAAUCAUGCUGUACUUGAAGAAAAUGUACAAUAACAUAGAAAUAUGAAUAUGUAAAACAUCUUCAAUGAUAUAGUCAAUCUGUCUAUAUAAAAAAGUGGAUAUUAGAAGAAACGGAUCUCCUGUAAAUAGAAAUAGAUGGCAUAUUUAUGCUCAAAGGUGUUGGAAAUGCACAAGUUAUUCAAUAAUAAAGUAACUUUGUAAAAAAAAAA